GGGGUUUUGUGUUCAGCGUAGUAAUUUAAUAGUUGAAUUCAUGAGUCAAUUGAAGCUAGACCACCAUGGAAAACCUGGAAGCACUGGAUGGCUGUUUCUUCCCAUUGUGGGACUCCUCAGAAGUGCGCAUCUACGAUCCUGCCUCACGAGAUUUAAACCCAGAACCUAUCGGUCUGACACGCGAACGCUUAAACUCUAAACCACUGAGCCGGCAUCCAAUGGUGUUAAUGUCUAACUCCAACCAAUCCGCAAAAUUGCGCCACCGUCCACCAUUGACUUCAGUGAGUUAUUAUCUCACAACAGACUCGGUUGAACUCCACUGCUCACCAUUUCUCACUAGAACUCCAGGAAAUACAUCUUGGAAACAGUCACUAGUAAACAUAUGGUCAUUGUAAUCAGCGAGGGGUUUUGUGGAAAUUGUAGUAAUUUAAUAGUUGAAUUCAACCGAAAAAUCGGCCACAUAUCUUAGUGAUAAAGUUAUGCUAGAAAGAUGCAUGAGAUUUAAUGAAUAGAAAAAUCAAAUCGACCACUUUUUAAAAUCAGCUAAAUUUCAAGUCUCAUUGAAAGCUAAUGUUCUUAUCAAUUUUAAAACAAUAAACCAUAACUUUC